AUGCAUUCGACCUGUUUAUACUGCCACAAUGUGACAUUCAAUACAUUAAACGGUAGAAAAUUAGCAUUGCAUAUACUCAAAAAUCACCAAUUUGCCAUUCUAGAAGUCGGAUCUUCUCAAGUGGUUACCGAAAGAUUAAAAUUGAAUUUGAAUUACUUAGAAAACGUUUUUUGUUCAAACCAAGAACAUUUGGAUUUUAAUGAUAAUCAUCGACUACGUAUAAAGGUUUGUAAAGUUAUAGAUGAGCCUAAAAUACUAUUAAAUAAGUGGAUAAUUCCUUGUGACAAAGAUAAAGUAAAGGAGGAAGAUGACGAACUUCCCCAAAUAAAGUAUAAAGUUGACGAACUUCCUCAAAUAAAAAUAAAACAAAUGAGAAUUGCACAUCAACAAAAUUUAUCUUUGAGUCAACCUGAAAAAAGGAAAAAUGUUUGUGAUAAAGAAGAGAUAUUUCCUCAAACAAUGAAAAAACAAAAAAUAACUGUACAUAAACAAGAUUUUUUAAAAAACAUUAUGCCAUCAAAUAAUGAUAUCUUGCAACAGAAUAAAAACCAGCUUGAAGAGAUGAGCACGUCCUGUGAUGAAGACGAAGUUAUGAAGAAUAUUCUUCAAAUGAUGACAAAGCAAAAAAGAAUUGCACAUAAACAAGAUUCUU